CCGGCCAUUGCGCGGUCGUGUUUUGGUCCUAGAAAGAUGGCUGACUCUUGUUUUCACGAUUCUUCGUAUGAUAUACGGUAGUUUGAAAUACAUUACGAAAGUUAAUAUACUGUGCAUUGAAUAAUUUCAUUUAUUCAACAAUACGAUUGUGUUAUACUUACGGACUGAAUUUUUUGCCCCUUGUAUUCUUCAGGUUUACGUCAAUUGCGACGUUUUAAGCGUGUCGGUCUUGCAAGCUUUAAUUUUAUAGUUUGUAAAUGAUUUUUAAUGUUUCAUCGACUGUGUAAAUGAAGGAAAAGUGAAACUGAAGAACGUUGCCUAAUUGAAAAAAUGAAUUGUGAUUUAAUAAUCAAUUUUAUUCUUGGUUGUAUUCGCUGUUGAUCUGUUAGUAAUAGUAUUUGGUUAGGUUGGUGUGCUAGGUAAGCGAUUUACUUAUGAUACCUGAACGUUUUAUCUCGUGUUCCUUUCGGUGGUUCACGUUAAAAAAUGCUAUGGAAUUAAAUCUUUGAACUAUCAAACGAGUUGAUGAUUCGUCAACAAAAUGGCAACAAGUGAUUUUGAUGUGGAGCUCUUUGAGCGAAGACUUCAUACAUUGAAGGAUUCACAAGAAUCUAUACAAGGUCUUUCAGCAUGGUGUCUUGAAAGACGACAACAUCAUAAGAAGAUUGUUGCUACUUGGCUACAAGUUUUAAAGAAGGUAAAAGUGGAGCAUCGUCUUACGCUUUUUUACUUGGCUAAUGAUGUUAUUCAAUACUCCAAGAGAAAAAACUUUGAAUUUGUGGAAUCUUGGGGCACUACAUUACAACGUGCUACCACAAUGGUCAGGGAUGAAAAAGUCAAACACCGUAUAUUGCGGAUAUUUAAGAUAUGGGAUCAGAGACAAGUAUAUGAUGAGGAGUUUCUUGCUGAUUUAUCUGGUUUAAUAUCAGCUGCUCCAAAGAAAAAAGUAGAACCACAACCUGCUGCACCACCAGAAGAAUUUCAAGCUGCAUUGUUGAUUUCGACUAUGAGAUCAUGCGCAACUUUAGAACAGGCAACAGAUGCUAGGUUACGUGACUUAAGAGAUAGUAACAUAGACAUAGAAAAUGCAGAAGAGCUUUGUGCAUCUUUAAAAGAUCGAAGACGUGUUGAAGAUGCUGAAAAAGAAGUUGAUUUGGCAGUAAGAAAUGUUGAAAAUUAUGUACGUGCAUUGGAGGCUGAAAUUAGAGAAAGAACUCAGGUUCUUGAAUUGCUUGAACAAGCAGAUCAGUUUUAUGAAACUCAACGGGGUGAAGUUAAAAUAGUAACAAAUGCAUAUCGCAACUUUGGUAGUCGAGUGAAAAACUUGAAAAAGAAAUUGGACGAAUUAUUACCAACAUUGGUCUCUCCUAUUCCAUCGCCUGAUGUGAAUGCUCCAUCUCCAAGUCCUGAUAGUGACAUAGAGCUACCAGGGGAUGAAAAUCAAGCUACAAAUCAGUCUGCAAUUAUAGAAGUAGCACCUCCAUCUAUUUAUGGUUCAUACACUCAUGAUUAUGAUCCUGUCCCUGUUCCUGCACCAGAGUUGACACAGGGACAUGAAUCUGGAGAUUUUACUAAUAAUUUCUCAUCGUUUAUGGGAGGGAAUGUAGAUUUUGGUAAUAUGAGAAAUUUAUUUAAUGAAAGAUCUACAACACCUACUAUGAUGACACAAUAUAGCGAUUCCUUAGAGCCAAAGCCAAUAGAAGUGAUCAAUAUGAGGCCAUCCAAAAGUGAAAACAAUGAAGAUUUCAAUAUAUCUAGUUUUUUGAAAACUGUCCUUCCUUCGUCAGAGGGAACACAAGAUCCUGGUGGUAUACCAGGUCUAGGUUUAGAUAUUUCUGAUCCUCAAGUGGGAUCUCCCCAGCGUCCUAAUUAUAGAAAUUCACCUGCAUUAGGGCAGCUUCCUGUGACUCCUACACUUUCACGAAUGAUGAGUGCUCAGGGUUCAUCUCUCGGCACUUUGAAUAAUUGUCCAAUGAACCACAGCACUCCUAUUUCCGUUCGUAACUUACCUACCGAAUCACACACUCCUUCUCCAUAUUCCAGUCAAAAUAGUCAAAGUAAUAUCACUGUGCCGUUUGAUGGUUCUACUAACGCGAAUGUAGUAAAUCCUUUACCUCCCCCACCUCUCCCACCACCUAUUUUUCUCGACGACGAAAACUGCUACAAUAAGCUGCCACCUAAAUUUCCUACAUGGACUUCUUCAACUGAAGUCAAAGAACCAGCGAAAUGGGAAGAAAAGGUGUGUUACGUAUCUCCAGGUAAAAAUAGUAUGAAUCCAUCUUGGCCUGGUGAAAACGAUGAGAAAAAUAAAACAUCGUGGAUAGAUGGUGCUAAUGACAGAUGGGAAUCUAGUAACGACUCUGUUUGGCCUAACAAUAUAAGGGGGAAAAGUGAAAUUCUUUCGGAGACUCCAGAAUCACCACCAAUGUAUGAAAAAACUGGUUUCACUGAUCCCGUUGAGUACAAUGAUUCGCAACCUCAAGAGCCUCUACUUAGCAGUGCAGGAGAUGUAGAUCAUAGGGUGAUUCCAAUACCAUUAACAUCCGAGAAUCAAUUACCAUACAGUCUGAUAAAGGCAGCAGAUGUUGAUCAUCGUAAUUUGAUAAGUCUCACGGGAAGUCCUGCAAAUCAUAAUACCAUUAAUGAUACCACCUUGAAUGUAUUGCCAAAUAACAAUACCUUAUGGUCCGCAAGUGAUCAGGAUUAUCGGCAACACAUGCAGCCUGGUGAUAUAGUGGAGAGCGUUGAUAUGGAGAUGUCGGAUGACGAAGCGGAUAAUAAACCGAAGGGAAGAAUAUUAGUCGAUGUUCGAUCUCAAGAUCAUGAUAUGAGAACAAUGAAUCCAACACAGUCUGGGCAGACUCAACAUUUAGAUAUGGACAUGCGUAUGAUUCCAUUACCUUCCUCUCAAAUAUCGGUACCUCGAGGUCAAAUGCUGCAAGACGUUCAUGUUAUUCAUCCUGGACCACCUCCACCACCGCCACCACCGCAGUUUCAUCAACCUCAAAACAACUUUCAUCAAACUCAAGCAGACUUUCAUCAUAACGCGCCAGUGGAAUUUCAUCCGAAUCAACCAAAUUUCCAUCAAAAUCGACCACCUCCGACCUUCCUUCAAAAUCAGCAAGAAUUUCUUCCAGGGCAACAAGGUUUUCACGAGGUUCACCAACCGGCUCAGCAAGAAUUUGAGUAUCAUGACAAUCAACAUAACAUUAGAUCGAAUCAAGAUUUCCACGGAGAAUCACAAUUGCGCAACAGGUAUCAACCAACGGACCAUCAACAUCGCGAUGCUCCGACUUUUCAUAGAAAUGAAAGGAGUGGCCGCGGUGGUCGAGGGUUUCCAAGGAAUCGACGAGAGAGAUAUUCCGAUGAUCAUAAUCAUAAGCAGCGUACUCCCACAGGUAUCCGAAAAUCGAGGUCACAGGAACAACAGCAACAGCAGCAGCAGCAGCAACAACCACAACAACCACAACCACAGCAACCACUACAACCGCAACAAUCUCAACCACAGCAACAACAGCAGCCGCAACAACAGCCGCAGCAACAGCAACAACAGCAGCAACAGCAACAACAACAACAGCAACAACGCUCGUCACCAGAAAUUCUUCCAAAUAGUCGUCCUUUAUUAUUACAACCACCUGAAACUGUCGUUAUUCUUGAUGACGAAGGCAUGCCUAUAGCUAUGCCUGAUUUUGAACAAGGUGAGACACCAGCGAGUAUGCAAAUUCUUCAAAAUUCAUCGCAGGAGAAAAUCUGUCCAUUGUCGAUCGAAGAUCAUAGAACGCAGCAGGACGUAUUGAGUUCACGUAACUCCGAACAUAACUCUUCCGGUUAUCCUGCUGGAUUAGAUCACUCAUUGGUGAACGAAGAAUUGAUCCAAGUUGACUCCGACAAUAAUCAGGAACAAUCACCUCAAGAAUCUGCAAUUUCGUUGGAAGAAACAAAGAAUCCUCGCGAUGAGCAAUACGCCUCCGUGUCGGAAUAUACGGAACAUGUAAAUUCAGAAUCUAGUCUGACGGAGAAACGGAUUGGCGAUAACAAUUCCUCAUUGGAAAACCAAGCUCAGGAAGAUUUCACGGAUACGCCUCAGCUCUCUGAGCAAUUGGAGGUUUUAAUCGGAUCUAACGCAACGUCCUCGAAUGAUCUGAAGAGACCGUCGACGAAUGGUGAUUUUGAUGAGCAACAGGACGAUGUGAUUUGUAACAAAAGAAUCCUUUUAUCGAACGGUCCGCAACAAGCGAUUAUUACAGAUACCGCUUCAAACGAUCCCGGAUUGUGCAUUACAUCGACAGACGUUCAUCCUAUUAUAGGAUACGAGUACGAUGUGCACACUAACAGUCUGAACUUUCGACCUCGAAUUGGAGGACCAGCGAUCUUCUCACCUUGGAGAAACGGUCCUCCUCGUGGUAGGAGUGGUUUUCGAGGUGGCCCUAGAGCACCCUGGAUGGACAGAGCUCUACGUGGACUGUCAUCCGGGAAUUUUGUUCCGAGAGGACCGAAAAGGGGUGGACAAUUUCGGGGAGGUGGUUUUCGUGGUAGAGGGAGAAGUGGUAACUGGUAAAUGAAAACAAAGGAAGAUCUUAUUAUUGAAAACAUUAGAAUUUAAUCAGCGAGAUCGAUCGACAUCAUAACAUCAGCACUUUAAUGAUAUUCUGUGUGUGUAUAUAUAUGUGUGUGUGUGUAUAUAUAUAUAUAUAUAUACAUAUAUAUAUAUACAUAUAUAUAUAUUUAUAUAUAUAUAUAUAUUUUAUAAUAUGUAUUAUCAAUAAUUAUGUUGGAAUACAUUCAUUCAUGCAAAUGGAGGCAACAAAAGAAAUACGUAAGGUGAUACAGAUAUCUUUUCAGGGGUAUUAUAUGUGUGAUUAAUUCACUUAACAUAUACAUAUAUAUAUAUAUAUAUACACAUAUAUAAAACAAAUAACGUAUAUACAUAUAUACAUGUGUGUGCGUGCGUGCGUGAGUGUGUCUGUAUGUAGAUACAUAUUAUAUAUUAUAAAUACGCAUUAUAUAUCUACAUACACGCGUACAUACAUUUUGUUAAAACUUGGCGACAUCAUCGUAGGUGGCUCUUGUAUAAUUUUACAGGUAGCGAUUAAAAAAGGCAAAAAAAGGGCAGGUACGAAUCUUUCUUCGAUCGCCGUACUUUGUUGGCCUCUUUGAUGAUGAGCGUGUAUCAUUAUACGAAUAUUAUACUAUAAGGAAGACUUGUGUUUAUGUUUAAAUUCUUACAACUAAAAGAUAUCGUUCACGUUGACUCGUACAAAGCCUUGCAAUUUAACGAUACUUUCUGCCCAUAUUUUACCAUUUUUCUCUCCAUCACUCUUUCUACUUUAUCGGGAUAAGUUUCUAUAGAAAGUAUGAAACACUGAAAAAAUAUAUGGUGUAAUGCGUUACACUUUUAUCCUAUCGUCAAAGUGCGUUCCAUGAGUCAUCGUGAUUUCGUAAUGUCAACGUCUAUAUCGCGAAAUAAUAGCCUGAUUCUUCUUCUCCUUUUUUCUUGCCUGUUCACUUUCCCUGCAGCUUCAUCGAGAUCUUAUUAUAAAAACAGGCGUGUCAAGGAAACCUCAAAAAAAAAAAAAGAAAAAAAAAAAGAAAAAAAAAAUGUAUUAAUAAAAUCCAGUGUUUAUGUUGUGGUUCACUUGGUACAUUUUCCCUAUUUUUUCCAAGUUGUGUCGAAUAGAUAAAUGUUGAUAAAUUAAUUGUACGUGACAAUUAACGAUGAUGAAAUAUUAAACACAAAGCAUGUAAAGAGAAGCGUGUUUGCUCAGUGAUCCAUCGAUGACCACAACAAUGAUAGAAAAGCGAAUUUCUGUCGAUUCAAAAAGAAACAAAAAAAAAAAAAAAGGAAAUACGUCAAAUUAAUUUUCUCUUAAUAAUUAUCCUAACUCGUUACUCGCUUUUGUUCUUUUUUGUGAAUAUAUAUGCGUAUGCAAUAACACGUAUACGAAUUUUAUUUAUCAUAAAGAAAAACAGAAAGAAAAGAGAUAAAAGAAGCAAAUUCGCUUGUUUGAUUUGCCGAACUCUCCGAUAGAAGAUUUUUUUAAGCACUUUCAUUUUUUAAUAGUAUAAUAAACAUACGUAAGAACGUUCGACACUUUAUUUUCGUAUUAUGAUGUAUAGAAGACGAACAAGGAAAAAACAAAAAAAAAAAAAAAAGAUAUGAGGCGUUUUUAUCACAUCAUAUAAAACUAUAUAGUCACAAAGUGUUUGUGCCUAAGGGUCACUUAUAUUUUUUAAGUUGUUUUCCGUUGAUGCACGGAAGAAAAAAGAGAAAUGUAUGAUUGAAAGGGAGGAUAAAACAAGAAAAUACAAAAGAAAAAAGUAAAGAUAAUGAAUGAUAUAUCGACGAAUUAUAAAUAAUAAUAAUAAUAAUAAUAAUAAUAAUAAUAAUAAUAAUAAUAAUAAUAAUAAUAAUAUUAAUAUUAAUAGUAAUAUUCGACGUCCGUCCCACGAGGAGAAAUCUUUUUAUUAUUUUUAUGAUAAUCCUAGCUCGGUUUCUCAUAAAGAACACGAGCGAGUAUUCGGAGAGAAUCGAUUGGUUGAAAUAAAACUCCCGCCAUCAUUCUCAACGCGACGUUUAUCAUUGAAUAUCAUUUUUUGUUUGCGAAGAACCUUUGCGAUUGUAUCAACAAAACAUUAUUUCGAAAAGUUUUCGCUCUUAAAGAAACUAUUUUUUCUACGGAUCAAAAAAUAGAUUGUAAAUUCCUUCGAGUUUUAUAGUUUUAUUAUUAUUAUUUUUUUUUUUUUUCAUUUAAUACCGUGUAAAAUAAAUGAGGAGACGUUCGGUAUUGGAAUAAUCUGUGAUAUACGUGUUAACGAGUAAUAUUAAUGAAAAAAAAAAGGAAGAGAAAGAGAAAAAGAGAACAAAGUCGAUCGCAUCUCUUUCCUUUGUCUUUUUCCUGUCUCUCUCUCUCUCUCUCUCUCUUUUUCUCUCUCUCUUUUCUGUCUGUCUUUCUCCUUCUCUUUCUUUUUCUUUAUCUCUUCGUCUCUCUUUCUCUAUCCCCACCGAAAGAAGUUUUUUUCGAGCGAAUUUAAAAAAAGAAAAGAAAUAAUUUCGAAUUUUACGCACGUGAGAGUGCCUGGCGACGGGAUUGACCGUAAAAAUUUCGAAAGCACGUGCACACACAAAUAUGCACACGUGUAUAUAUGUGUAUAUAUGUAUACGUACAAAUAUAUAAAUAUAUGUCGUUAUCACGAGUGGUUGGUUACAUCGUGUAACAUAAAAGAUCCUGCGUUUUGCGAACGACUACGUUCGUUUCACGUUCAACAAAUUGUAAAUUAUAAAAAUAAUUACAUAUAUGAUAAAAUGAAAAUGCGUAUAUUUCUACGUCUAGAAUAAUAUAUAUAUAAUGUAUAUAUAUAUAUAUAAAUAUAUAUAUAUAUUAUAUAUUAUAUAUUAUAUGUAUUAUUAUAUAUAUUAUAAAUAUAAUAACAUAUGUAGAAAUGCGUACACACGUACAUAUAUAAUUAUAUUCGAAGAAGCACACAUACGUAUAUGUGCGCGCGUGCGCAUUAAAAGAAACUUAGAGCGGAGUAUAUACGUACACAUACAAAACACAUACUCGUAAAAAGAGAAACACAUAUACAUAUACUCAAGUAUAUAAGAGAAACGUAUAAAGUUCAGUGUUAGGUUUAUUAUGCAGAAGCAUACUAUACGUGCAUACCAGAAGUUCUUUUAUCAUGCGCUAUCUAAGUGCGAUAAUACGAAGCAGCUUCUCGCUUAUUAAUGCAAAUCAAUAUUUUCUCUCUCCCUGUAUAUAUACAUACAAAAAUCAUUUCUCUCCUAUUUUCGUCCUUCUUCUUUUUCUUCUUUCUCCUUCUCGUCCAUUCGCGUUAACAGAUUGCCCGAUUUCGUUGUGUUGUUGUUGUUGUUGUGCCGUUCUUAUACGCACGAGUGUGUAAGGAAAGGAAAAAUUCCCGACGAUGAAAUUGAAAGUGAUUUUGCGUCGUUACGAAAACGACGCGUGUCACAAGAGAACGUGACGGGUGUAUGGCACGUCAUCUGCAUCCUCAUUCCGUAAAUUGCUCGUAAAAGUAGACUAGAAAGAAUGAAUAAAUGAAUUUAUAAUAAUAAUAAAAGAAAAUACGAGAGAUCAACGCAAACGAAUCGUGCAAUUUUUGUUUUCGUUGGAUUUCUUCUUAAAGAAUCCCGAGAUUAUUGACACUUUCUAAUUAUCUAGGAUGAACGAUAGAGUUAUUGACAAUUUUAAUGUGAUAUUCGUACAAUACAAAAUAUACGUAUCUUUAUUUAAAAGUAAAAGAAAAAAAGGAAAGAAAGAACUUUGAUUAUUUUUAGCAAUUGUUUUUAUGGUAGUCAGAUAUAGUUGAUAUUAGAUCUUCAGCUAAGAUUUACCAUUUUAUCUUAUAUAACGAAUCUUAUAAUUAUUAAAUUAAAUAAAUUCCAUAGAGACGUUGACAUAAGAAAAUGUGCAUUGAAGAGUCUACAUUUCUCUUAUCAUAAAUGAAAAAUAUUGUUGUCAAAUCAUUGUGUCCUGCAUAUAACUCUACUGUUUACCUCAGUAAAAAGAAAAAGAAAGGAAAAGAAGUAGGUAAAACCGGGAAACUUUAGUUAGAAUACUUACGUAUAAAGGAACAAAGAAGCGAGAUGAUCGAGUAUGAUAAUAAAAUAAAAUGAUAUGCUCCACAUUAACGAGGUCGUUGUUUCUUCCGUAAUAAUUCCGUGAUCCGAUAAUUAUAAUUAUUAUCACCAUCAUUAUUAUUGUUAAUCAUAUAAGACUCAACGAUGAUUUUACUCGUGCUUUCUCAGGCACGGUAAAACGUUCUCGCGAUAUUUUAUGCGAAAUAACACGCUCCAUUAAUUACUUAAUCGCGAAAGCGGUAACGCCGUUUUAAUAAUAAGAAAGCGAGUGAUCUCUUCUUAACGAGAGCCUCUCAAAGAGAAAAUUUUUCUCAAAGAAAAUCAAAUUGUAUCCUUUGUAGUAACCGUAACCGACCAUUCGCAUAGAUAGACUCAGAAGCUUUUUUUUUUUUUUUCUUAUAUACUUCCUCUCAUCUUUACGAGCAUUUUACAACGUUCUCGAUGCAAUUUACCUCGUAUAUUCCGUUUCGAUUUAACUCUUUUGUUUUAAUAAAGAAUUUUUUUUCUUUCUUUUUUUUCUUCAUUCACCCAUAAGAGAAAGUUUUUGAGGUUAUUCUUAUUUUUCGCAACCCCUUUGAUCGAUGGAAUUAAAGGAAAUUGAAGGUGGAACAGAGAGUAUCGAAUUAGGGGAAUAAAGGAACAGUAAUGACAGAAAAAGAGAGAGAGAGACAGAGAGAAAGAGAGAGAGAGAGAGAGAGAGAGAGAGAGAGAGAGAGAGAGAGAGAGAGAGAGAGAGAGAGAGAGAGAGAGAGCGAGAGAGAGAGUAAAUGAGUGGGAUCGAAUGAGAUGGGAAGAUAUCUCUCCGACCUUAGCAACGGUGUCACUAAGUGAUCGAUUUAAUGAAAUUUCGAGAUUAGAGUACAUUCGAUUAUUUAGCGAGAAAAAGCUCUAUAACACGUUAGGCGAGAGUGUAUUUGUAAGAUCAUUUUAUUGUGAUUUAACGUUACAAGGUUUUAUACGAGAUCGUAUAGAAUAAUCGUGCAUACCGUGUAUGCUGAACAUUUUGUACAUUGCCUAAUAAAAAGGAUAUAUCAUCUUUUAUAUUAUAA